GUGCGCCGCUGAGCGCCGGCGGACCUGGCUCUCCAAGCACAGCCAGUGCGCUGCAGUUCCAUGAGACACCUUCUGGUUUCAACUACGCUGCGCUGCAAGAAGAAGUUCCUCAUCAUUUUUGGGGGAGCUUUGCAUUUGAGAGGAAAGCCCGACAAAGUGGAUAAAAGGUCUGGGUAGAAGCUGCUCCAGCGUAUUCCCGCGGACUUUGGAUUACUUUGCCAAGAGUUGCAAGCCUUUCAUCGCCAUGUUACAAUACUUCCUACUCGCCGUCCUGUCUUCUGGACUGGUGUUAUCCUCUGACUGCCCAACAGACUGUAACUGCCCAAUCCAGGGGUCGAUAUUCUGCAUUCAUCUUCCAGCACUCAUUGUGCCCCAUGUCCCAACCACCACAAAAAAUCUCUACAUCUUCAAGAAUGGCAUCAAGACUUUGUCCCAAGAAGACUUCAGAGGUCUGGUGGAGUUGCAGAUGUUAGAUCUGAGCCAGAAUGAGCUUACAGAGAUUCCGGAUGGUGUAUUUGAGAUGCUGUCAGAUCUGAAGAACUUAGACUUGUCCUCUAACCACAUUACCCACAUAUCCAAAGGCAGUUUUUCUGGGAUGGUACAACUGGAGAGGCUGUAUCUCCAUGCAAAUCGUAUUCAGAGCAUUCAUUUGGAAGCUUUUGAAGGUUUAGAGAAGUUGCUAGAAUUAAAGUUGCAAGGGAACCAGCUAACCUCUCUGCCAUCUCUGCAGUUCCCCAGUCUUCUCCUUUUAGACCUCAGCAGCAACAACAUCCCAACCUUAAAUCCUUCAGACCUCCAGACUCCCCACCUGGAGACACUUAAAGUGGCCUCUCUAAAGCUUACUACUGUGGAUGAGGAUCUCAUAGCUUCCCUGAAGAAUCUUCAUGAGCUAGAUAUUUCAUCAAACCAGUUAGAUGAGGUGCCCUGGGCCCUAAACCAGGACUUCCUAAAAGGGCUGACCAAGUUGAGCCUAGCUGGCAACCCACUGGGUGAGCUGAGGGUGGAGGACUUCCAGAAACUGUCUGGGCUACAAGAACUGGAUCUCAGUAGUCUUAAUCUCCAGGGAUUCCCCCCCAGUUUUUUUCAUAUAUUUCCCAAGUUGAAAACCCUGACAGCAGCUGAGAAUCCAUUCAACUGCUUGUGCCCGUUAGCCUGGUUCCCUGUCUGGCUAAAAGAGCGGAAAGUGACUCUUGGGCGACAUGAGGAGACCAGAUGCCACUUUCCUCUAGUUAAUGCUGGGAAGAUGCUUUCGGAGCUGGAGCACAAAGAUUUUGGAUGUCCAUCAACCACAACAGUGCAGAUGGGCUCUCCCAUUGGAAGUACUCCAGUUUCACAGAUGCCAUACACAUCUCCAGCGACCCAUACCAAUGCUAUUCCUCCUCCACUACUACCUAGUGAAGAAACUAUCUCCCCAAAAACAGAAUCUCCAGUCUUCCCGAGCUCCACCAGUGGGGAAAACGAGCACUUUUGCCCACCAAACAUCUGCCUUAAUGGUGGUACUUGUAAUUUUGACCCAGUGGGAGAACUUGGUUGUUUGUGUCUACUGGGCACAUAUGGUCUCUACUGUGAAAAUCUCAAUGAGGUUCCUGAACCACCAGAACAUUCAGCAACUGAAGUUUCUGUAGUUACCCCCGAGAUGCCUGACAAACUUGAUGCUAUCAGCUCACGUCAGGUGACCUCCACAUCAAUCCUUCUUGAUCUGCACCGCUUUAUUGAGACACAGCCACAUAUUCGUGGAAUCAGGUUGACCUACCGUAACCUCUCAGGGCCUGACCGCCGCCCCAUUAUAUUGAAUGUUCCAGCAUCCUACCCUGAAUACACUUUACGUGGUUUGAGACCGAACUGUACCUAUUCAGUCUGUGCUAGUCCUUUGGGAGAGAGAAUCAGCUCUAAGGCCAACAGUUCUGCUGAAAUUGGGUCAUGUACAGAGGCUCGCACUGAUGGGGUUCCAGUGACAUCCUUGGAGCCAUGGGUGGAGACAAAGUCAUCUAUGACAAAUACUCUCAUCCCUGCUUUAGCUUCUCUGGCACUGGUGCUGGGAUUGGCUGUGGUGGCUGGGACGAUCAUCUGUCUGCGGAAGAGGAGGCAUGCCAAUGCUGGAUUGGAGCUGGAGCUGGGCCCUGCUGAUCCUGAUCCCAUGGAACUUGAGGGGAUAAAGGCUUGUCUGGAGAAUGGGGGAAAUGGUACAAUACCCCUCAAACAGCCGGAGAUCGAUCAUUGUUUCACUCCACAGCCGUCUCCAUAUUUGCAACAAAAUGGGGGGUUGGACUAUGAAGCACCCUUAGUGCAAGGACACUGCCCUUCAAAUAACAAUGUAACAUUGUUGAAACCAUCUUAUUUUUAACUCUUGGGAAGAUUUUGGAAAGACUGUCCAUCUAAAGUUCCUGAUCUUGCUAUGGCUCACUUAGUGAUUAAAAUCAAAUUUUCAUUCCAAAUAUCCCAAAAUUGAAAAGUGGCACUUACACAACGAAAUGGAGGAUUUCUUUUGGAGACGCUGAAUAAUGAAAUUAAGAUGACAUUAUAUUGGAAGUUUGCUAAAUCACUGUGGGACAAACAAAUUGGAAGUUUUAAAGUCAUCAAGCAGGGUUGGAUGGUGGUGAUUAAAUUAAGUGCAAUUGACUAGAAAGGUCUUAGUAGUGAACUGAAAACGGAAGUGCCUUUUGCAUUGACACAACUGUACCUGACAGUUCUUUUUUAAAUGUCUUUGUUUAUAAAAAAGAAACAAUGUGACUGAGUCGUAAUCCUGUUGCUGGAUUUAGGAGAUAUGGUAUGGGGCUGAGCUUUUGGGCUACAGAACUGGAUCACAUGUCAUUGGUCUACAUGAAAACACUCGGACCACACGUCCCAAUACAAACUGGAGUUUCAACCAACCCCAGCUCUGCACCAUGGGGAUUCUAAAAAAAAUCUUGCACUGAACAAAAAAAAAAAUUCAGAUUUUCCUUUCCAAUGUUCCACUUGCAGACUGUCACAAGGUUAAUGCUCAAAAGGAAACGAAACUAAUAAAAAAUUUGCAAUAAGCUGAAGACCAUAGGAGCUGUAUGAACUCUGUAAUUUGUUUUUGAAACAAAACUUGCAAGUUUCCUGCACACAUCUGGAUUGUUCUGACUCAACAACUAUAAUUCUGCCACAUCUCACAGCAUUUGGCUAUUGUGGGAAAUAUAUUUGCUGUGAAAAGUAAAGGGGAAUGAACUUUGCCUGCAUUGUUCUGUGCCAUCACUGGCAGAUUGUUAGGUUUAGUUGAUAUUAUGAUAUUCCAUUUUUGUUCUGUGUUUUUGUAUUUUUAGCAUUUUUUUUAAUUCACUAUUGCUAAUAUGUGUUUAAACAGUGAUUGUCUUUGCCUUAAAAAAACAUGCAUAAAUCCUUGAUUUUGAUCAUUUUAAGGUUACUUGUAGCUAAAACUGUCCCAAGCUGAAUGGAGAAGUAAAUAAUGGCUUAAGUUCACUGAAGACCAAAUCCAAAAGCAGCCAGCAGUAGUUAAAACUCUCAAAAACUCAACCAUCCUUACAUUAAGUACAGAUUACUUUUUACAUUUUUUUUUUACCAACAUAUGUCUGAGGAACUCAAAGUCAAUGUCAGAUACUUUAGUUUCUCUGCCAGGUUUGCCGACACUCCAUAAAGACACAGUUUAAACAAGCCUCAGACUGUUUUUGAACAACAAAGAUUCCAAAACUGUUUAAAGGCCUUUUGCCUCAGAGCGCACUCCUAUAAAGCAGCACACAUGUGCCAAGAAAAGAAGUUUAGAGAUUUGGAGUUUAAAGCACUAGUUUUCUCUUGGGGCUGCUGACUGUAUCGUCUCAGAGAUAUCGUCUAGACAGUGGCCCCUUUAGCUUUUUGUUCACUUGUACCCUCUUACUUGUCUGCCCCUUCACUUUAAUCAUCAUCAUCAUGUGUUUUUGGUCAGCAACGAUUAUUGGCUUGUGUACUUGCAGACUGUUUUGCUUGUUUACUGCCAACCAGACUGUGAAAUGUAAAGGCUAAAAGCAAUAUAAUCUAUUUUCUGUCUUUAUUUUUUAUUUUCUGUUUGGGGCUAGGGUUUAAAUGUUUUAUUUUUGCCUUUGUGUG